UUUUAAUGCUUGCAUAAACAUGAUUAAAGACUUAAUUGCCCCCCUCAAAUCCCUAAUAAAAGUCUUUCCUCAUAUUAUUAGCAAACAGAUUUCCUCUGUACGCUUUGGCCAUGGAAAAGCACAGUUGAAUGCAGCCAAAUCCUCUUCUUCUUCAUUUUCCUCUUCAGAGAUCAAAGUAACGUGUACAGGUGUUAUUAUGGAUCUUCAACCACUAUCAAGUACUGAAUAUAUUAUCCUUGAGGAGAUAAUGUGCCAGCAAUUUCUUGUUGUCCUUAUUUGCCUUUUCAUGGCUAGUCAUGGUCAUUCUCUAAGAAGACGAUGUCGAAACAGGCGGGAGAUUAGAUAUUGUAUGAGUGUUCGAGUACCGAAAAUUAUUUCUCACUUACAUUCUAUCAUAAACAACAAUGAUAGUAUAUGUAUCGAUAAAUUAAGAAUGGAUAGAAAUGCCUUUCACACUUUAGUUAUCUUAACUAAGGAUAUUGGAGGUUUGACCGAUAGUAAAAGUAUGUCAAGUAGCGAAAAGUUAGCAAUGUUUUUAAAUAUCUUGGCUCAUCAUGAGAAGAAUAGAUCUAUCAAGGUUGAUUAUAUUAGAUCGGAAUGGAGCGUAAGUCAGGCUUUUAAUGAAUGUUUGAGUGCUAUUCUCAAACUAACUCCAUUGUUACUUGUUGAUCCUAAACCGGUGCUUGAGGAUGAGGUUGAAGAUCGAUUGAAAUGGUUUAAGGGUUGUUUAGGUGCACUAGAUGAUACUUAUAUACAAAUUAGAGUUCCAUCCCAGUACAAACCAAGAUACAGGACAAGGAAGGGAGAGAUAGCAACUAAUGUAUUGGGAGUUUGUGAUAGAAACCUCAAUUUUACUUAUGUGUUACCUGGUUGGGAAGGUUCAGCUGCCGACGGUCAUGUAUUACGAGAUGCUGUAACAAGAAGGAAUGGUUUAAAAAUCCACGAGGGUAAUUAUUAUUUGUGCGAUGGAGGAUAUACGAACGGAAAAGGUUUUCUUUCACCUUAUCGAGGAUAUAGAUAUUGGUUAAAGGAUUGGCGAGGUGACAAUCCAUUGCCUCAAUGUAAAGAAGAGCUUUUCAAUAUGAGACAUGCUAGGGCUCGCAAUGUUAUUGAAAUGACAUUUGGUCUGCUGAAAGGACGCUGGGGAAUUCUUAGAAGCUCUUUGUGGUACUCAGUUAAGGUUCAUAACAGGAUCAUUAGUGCUUGUUGCUUGAUUCACAACUUUAUCCGCAGAGAGAUGGAAGUGGAUCCCUUAGACAUUGAUAUGAAAGAACAAAUGGAGUAUCAACACGAAAAUAUUGAUGUUGUUGAAUCGUCCCAGGAGUGGACCACUUGGAGGGAUGAGUUGGCUCAAUCAAUGUGGAAUGCAAGAUCUAACAAUUGAUCAAUUUUCACAAAAAAAAUUAUCUGUUUCAAAUGGAAGUUGAGAGCAUUGGCAAUAUGCUACUUCACUGUAUAGUGCUUAUUGGUCUAAAAUACAACCUAUUAGCUAUAUAAAACUUUUUCGACUUCAUUAGCUCUUUUAAAUUAGCCUAGUAUAAAUUGUAUAGCUGCUAGACACUUCUAAUUUUUUUGUGAGCUUAACUGCACAUCCUUAUGUACUUUCUACGUCUCUUGAUGUCGUAUGUUUUAAUCUAUAAUGAAGACUAGUUGAAUCAGUUGACGUUUGUGAGCUUAAUUGCUCAUUCUUCUAUAAUUGUAAAGUGUAUUAGUAUAAAAAUGCAUCUCUAAUAUAUUGAAAUCUUUCUGAAGCUACUAUAAUGUUUUGUUCUUCUUCCUGAUUUUCUUGGUAAUGUAUUUCACAAGAUUUUACAGGCAAAAUGAAUAGUCAAACAUCUUCAAACAAGGUGUCAAAAAAAUCAAGCAACUCAACAUCUUCAACAAGAAGGAUGUGGAAUCCAGAAGAAGAACACACUCUUUUAGAUGGGUUGAAAGAGUUGUGUGUUAAGGGUUGGAGAGCUGAUAAUGGAACCUUUAGGCCGGGGCACUUGAUGGAGUUAGAGCGCUACAUACGCUAACAACAUCCUAAAAGCGGAUUGAAAGGUGAUCCACAUAUCAAAAAUAAAAUAAGAUAUUGGAAGAGAUGUUAUGGAAGUAUAGCUUCGCUAAAAAAUCGAAGUGGUUUGGGAUUUCAAUAUAGUGAUGGAGCUAUAAUAGUAGACGAUCCAAAAUUUUGGGAUGACUUUAUAAAGAUUGACCCACUAGCCAAAAAUAUGAAUACUAAGAAAUGGUCGAUGUUUGAGGAUUGGGAGGAAAUUUUUGGCAAGGAUAGAGUAACUGGAGAGUUCGCAGAAGUGCCGUUAGAUGCUUCAGAGGAAAUUCAAAAGAGUCAAACUCCAAAAGUUUGUAAUGAUAUGAGUUUGGGAUUUCCUAUCGAUAUUGAUGAAGAUGAAGAAUCUAACGCUUAUCAUAGCCCUAAAGUAUUUACUAGAGAAGCUGAAAAUACCACUGGAUAUAGUGCAUUUACUGAAGCUGAAAAUGCCACUGAAUUUAGUUCAUUUUCGGGAGCUGAAAAUGUCACUGGACCUAGCGCAUUUACUGGAGCUGAAAAUGCAACUGGACCUAGUGCCGGAGCAUCUGAAAAUGAAUAUCAUGGAUCCCAACAAACUCAUAAACAAGGUGCGUAUGAUAAAAGGUCCUCUUCUAAUGUAAACGAAAAAGAGAAAAGCAAGAAAAGAAAAAAAACAGUAGAGGAUGAUAAUGAGACAUUUCUCAAAGGUAUGAUGGAAUUUAUGAAAAACUUUACUGAAAGUCAAGACAAAAGAAUGGGUGCCUUGAUUGAAAAGAUUGGGGAUCGUGACCGAUUCAAUAUUCGUGGUCAGAUAUAUUCUAUCCUUGAAUCUCCCGUAUUUGAGUUGUACACCAUAGAGCAACGUAUCAAAGCUUCAAUGAUUCUCUAUGAUGAUGACAAAAAGAUGGAAUUGUUUUUACGUAUGGGUGAAUUUGAGCGCCAUACAAUGAUGUCGAUGCUCGUCAAUGAUAAACUUUAAAAGUAUGGUAAACUCGUGGAUAUAAGUGGUGGCACUAGUUUGAUAGUUUUUUGCUUGGCUAACAACUUCAAAGUUUGACGAUAUUGCCAUUUUUUUAUACUUCUGGUUAUUGGUACGGGCAGGAGGAAUCUAGAUUUUUUGUGUAACUAAUGUUUAUUAAAUAGCUCAACUCCAAUGUAAAUGUUAAAUACAUAUGUAAUUAUAUAGCUGCUAUAGUAGUUCUUCAAACCCUUUGUAGUCGUUUAACUUUUGAGAUUCUAUGAUGUAAUUAUGUAAAGCUGCUAUGACAGUUCUUUAAUUUCUUUUUUUGUUUC